UCCUCCUCCUCCUCCUCCUCCCCCUCCUCCCCCUCCCCCUCCUCCUCCUCCUCCUCCUCCUCCUCCAUCUCAUCCUCACUCCCUCCAUCUGCCGUGGUUAUGGCCCGUCGUUGGAGCACAAAAGAGUCUCCGCGGUGGAGGUCUGCGUUGGUCUUGCUUUUCCUCGCCGGAGUGUACGGAAAUGGUGCUCUUGCAGAACAUUCUGAAAAUGUGCAUAUUUCAGGAGUGUCAACUGCUUGUGGAGAGACUCCAGAACAAAUUCGAGCACCGAGUGGUAUAAUCACAAGCCCAGGCUGGCCUUCUGAAUAUCCUGCCAAGAUCAACUGCAGCUGGUUCAUAAGGGCAAACCCAGGGGAAAUCAUUACUAUAAGCUUUCAGGAUUUUGAUAUUCAAGGGUCCAGAAGAUGCAAUUUGGACUGGUUGACGAUAGAAACAUACAAGAAUAUCGAAAGUUACAGAGCCUGUGGUUCGACAGUUCCACCACCAUAUAUUUCUUCACAAGACCACGUCUGGAUCAGGUUCCAUUCCGAUGACAGUAUUUCUAGAAAGGGUUUCAGACUGGCAUAUUUUUCAGGGAAAUCUGAAGAACCAAACUGUGCUUGCGAUCAGUUCCGCUGUGGCAACGGGAAGUGUAUACCAGAAGCCUGGAAAUGUAAUAACAUGGACGAAUGUGGAGAUAGUUCCGAUGAAGAGAUCUGUGCCAAAGAAGCUGGUCCCCCAACGGCUGCUUCUUUUCAGCCCUGUGCCUACAACCAGUUCCAGUGUCUGUCUCGGUUUACCAAGGUUUACACUUGCCUCCCUGAGUCUUUAAAAUGUGAUGGCAACAUUGACUGCCUUGACCUAGGAGAUGAGAUAGACUGUGAUGUGCCAACUUGUGGACAGUGGCUAAAAUAUUUUUACGGUACUUUCAAUUCUCCCAACUAUCCAGACUUUUAUCCUCCUGGAAGCAAUUGCACCUGGUUAAUAGACACUGGUGAUCAUCGUAAAGUCAUUUUACGCUUCACUGACUUUAAACUUGAUGGUACUGGUUAUGGCGAUUACGUCAAAAUAUACGAUGGAUUAGAGGAGAAUCCACACAAACUUUUGCGUGUGUUAACUGCUUUUGAUUCUCAUGCACCUCUUACAGUUGUUUCUUCUUCUGGACAGAUCAGGGUACAUUUUUGUGCUGAUAAAGUGAACGCCGCAAGGGGAUUUAAUGCAACUUACCAAGUAGAUGGCUUCUGUUUGCCGUGGGAAAUACCCUGUGGGGGUAACUGGGGGUGUUACACAGAACAGCAGCGUUGUGAUGGGUAUUGGCAUUGCCCAAAUGGAAGGGAUGAAAUAAAUUGCACCAUGUGCCAAAAGGAAGAAUUUCCCUGUUCCCGAAAUGGUGUCUGUUAUCCUCGUUCUGAUCGCUGCAACUACCAGAAUCAUUGCCCAAAUGGCUCAGAUGAAAAAAACUGCUUUUUUUGCCAGCCAGGAAAUUUUCAUUGUAAAAACAAUCGUUGUGUGUUUGAAAGCUGGGUGUGUGAUUCCCAGGAUGACUGCGGCGACGGCAGCGAUGAGGAGAAUUGCCCCGUAAUUGUGCCUACCAGAGUCAUAACUGCAGCCGUCAUAGGCAGCCUUAUCUGUGGCUUGUUACUGGUCAUUGCAUUGGGAUGUACCUGUAAGCUUUAUUCUCUGAGAAUGUUUGAACGAAGGUCAUUUGAAACACAGCUGUCAAGAGUGGAAGCAGAACUGCUAAGAAGAGAAGCCCCUCCCUCUUAUGGACAGUUGAUUGCUCAGGGUUUAAUUCCACCAGUUGAAGAUUUUCCCGUUUGUUCACCUAAUCAGGCUUCUGUUUUGGAAAACCUGAGGCUGGCAGUACGAUCUCAGCUUGGAUUCACUUCGAUCAGGCUUCCAAUGGCAGGCAGAUCCAGCAAUAUUUGGAAUCGUAUUUUUAAUUUUGCAAGAUCACGUCAUUCAGGGUCGUUGGCUUUGGUCUCAGCAGAUGGAGAUGAGGUUGUCCCUAGUCAGAGUACCAGCAGAGAACCUGAAAGAAGUCAUGCUCACAGAAGUUUGUUUUCUGUGGAGUCCGACGACACAGACACAGAAAAUGAGAGAAGAGAUACGGCAGGAGCAUCUGGUGGGGUUGCAGCUCCUUUGCCCCAAAAAGUCCCUCCCACGACAGCAGUAGAAGCAACAGUGGGAGCAAGUGGAAGUUCCUCAACUCAGAGUACCCGAGGUGGUCACACAGAUAGUGGAAGGGAUGUGACAAGUGUAGAACCCCCAGGUGUGAGUCCUGCGAGGCACCAGCUCACAAGUGCACUAAGUCGUAUGACUCAGGGGCUGCGUUGGGUACGUUUUACAUUAGGGCGAUCAAGCUCCGUAAAUCAGAACCAGAGUCCUUUGAGACAGCUUGAUAAUGGGGCAAAUGGAAGAGAAGAAGAUGAUGAUGUUGAAAUGCUAAUUCCGGUUUCCGAUGGAGUUUCAGACUUGGAUGUGAAUGACUGCUCCAGACCUCUUCUCGAUCUUGCCUCGGAGCAAGGACAAGGGUUUAGACAACCAUACAGCGCAGCAAACCCUGGAGCGAGGCCAAGUAAUCGAGACGGCCCCUGCGCGCGCUGUGGCGUCGUCCACACUGCCCAGAUCCCAGACACUUGCUUAGAAGCAACACUGAAAAAUGAAACAAGUGAUGAUGAGGCUUUGUUACUUUGUUAGGUACGGAUCACAGCGAGCGAGGUCAUGUACGAGUCGGAGCAGCAUCUGUUCGUUGUUUUGUAAACUUCACAAUUAAACUAGUUUUAAUUUAAAAGCAAAAAAGAUGCAGGGUGAUUUCUUAUUAUUAUAUAUUAGCCUGCAUGGUUAAAUUAAACAACUUGUAACUCUAUGAACUUUAGAGUUUACUAUUUUAGCAGCUAAAAUUGCAUUAUGUAUUCAUAUUGUUCAAUAAUGUUCUUCCAUUCGUUUUAAUUGUUUUUAUCCUGGUACUGUAGUUCACAGUAGAAGUAUGGCUGCUGACUCAUUCAACUGUCAGUUUAUCUAUCCUAUGUUAAAACAUUUGUUUGUACAAAAUAAUACCUUCUUCUCAUUGAACCCUUUAUGCUUUUUGCCAUUACAUCUUGUAACUUAAUAUAUCACAUUUCAAGGUGGUUAAUGUACAAAAAAAAAAGCCCCUUAUAUUCACCUGAGUUUUUAUUUAGGUAACAUCUGUCUAAAUAUUAUUGGAUUUCAUCAUAAUAUGAGCUUUCUCAAAGGGAAAAACCUUUGUCUACAAAUUUUUCUCUUACAUUUAACAUUCUGUGAUGUGAAAUUUAGAUAGAGUUAGAAAAAUUAAUGGCAAAAGUGAAACUCUUUUAUAGAUUUUCUAAUGUUGACUUUAAUACUCUAAUAUGGUACAGACCAAAUGGUAAAAUCCCAAGUCAUUUCUUUUUUCAUCCCUAUUUCGGGACAGAAUUAAGCAGAUGAAGAUAUUCUACUAUGCAUUAAAUCUUGAACUUUAUAAAAAAUGUACAAAAAUUGUACAAGAUAAGUUCCAACUGGUAAUGUCCUUCCCUGGUACAGGGUGAUGCUUGUACUGGACCCUAGGGAUUUGCACUAACGUCAUGUCGAGGUCACAGAUGAGUUCAGUGCACAAGCACUAUCACUUUCAAUACUGUCAUUUGCUACCACAAUGACUAUAUAUUUCCAUAGCUUUGGGGGGGGCGUUUUUAUUACAACUUGAAAUUGCUUUGCUGGUUUCAUAUUUAUUUGUUGUAUUUAAAGACUGCAUUAUUGUAAGAGUGGUUUUCGAUAUAUUUUAUUCACCGCGGGGGAGGAUCAUGCUACGCGUCAGAAAGCAAAUUACGAAAUCAUUCAGAUCCUCCCCCCUUUUUUAAGUAGAAUGAAUUGCAAACCCCGCAUAUUUUUUUAUUGUCUGUUCUUGUUUAUUUAUUCUUUAGCUGUCUGUUUUAAUAGCUUAAUGAUUGAGUAUGAAAUAUGUAUUUGUGUGUGAUUAUUGCUAUUUAUUAAAUUUGCAAUAUUUUGCUGAAUGUCAUUUUAAAGCAUGUUUGAGGUCUUGUGUAUUUGUCGUGUUAUGCUGUCAGAAAGAACUGACUGAAAUGUUUUAAUAUGUAUCAAAAAUUAAAAAUCACUUUUUUUGUA